AUGAGAAGAGGACAAUUAUUAGAAACAGGAAAACCAGAUGAACUGAUGCAGAGCCAUGAACAACAGACAUUAGAAGGUGUAUUUUUGGAACUUAGUGAAGAACGUGAUUUCUGUGAUAUUCAUCAGUAUUCUCAUGAGACUAAGAAGCUAUCAGUACCUGGUGUGAAGAGCAUAUCGUUAUUUUGUUUAUGUGUGGGACGAAAAUUAACCGGUUUACCAAUAGCAUUUGUCACACGAGAAUAUGAUCGACCAGGAACAGCCACAGAAAUAAUUUUAACAAAAAUUGAUCGAAUAAUCUUCAAUAUUAUUGAGUAUGACUCAUUAAUGGAUGCACAACAUUCACUAGACAUUGGACGAACAUCUGGCAUUAUCGAUAUUGGAGGAAAUUUCACCAAAGAAUUAUAUCAUAAGAUGACAAAUUGUUCGUAUACAGAGCCAGUUCGAUUACACGAUUCACAACUAUCCGUUUAUCUGGAUCGAACAAAUCAACAAUUUGUUUAUACAGUUGGUGAAGAAUUUAUGAAAAUCUUGAAAACUUUCGAUGUCGACUAUAAUGAUGCCCAAAUUACGCAAUCAAAUAAAACACUAAUCACCUUUCCAAACUCUUUAGAUGGCAAUGGAGACGUAGAAUUUACCUAUUUUAUGGCACCUGGCAUUAUUUUAUCCAUCAUAUUUUUCAUGACUAUGGCUGUUACAGCACUGAGUCUUGUCACCGAGAGAUGUGAAGGUACGCAAGAUCGUAUAUGGGUUACAGGUGUAAAGUCGAGUGAGAUUAUAUUUAGUCAGAUGAUUGUACAUUCUGUUGUUCUUAUUAUUCAAAUAUCAAUUGUUUUAUUCACAGCGUUAUACGUGUUUAAAAUUCCAUGCAUUGGACAUUUACUGUAUGUUGCGCUUCUAUGUUUUGCACAAGGUUUUUGUGGGAUGACAUUUGAAAUUUCGGUGAUUUAUUCCUCAUCAUGUUCAAAACUGAUCUUUUUAAAUGAUGAUAGUCACAAUUCAUCAUCUUAUUUAAUAGAAAUUCAUAAACUUAAGACAAAAAUGUAUAAAAUAAUAAUUAGUCAAAAUGAAACAUCUGAUAAUUGGUUUAUAAUGGCAGCUAUUCUUACUGACCAUUCGAAUGAUACCGAAAUAUUAGGUUCAUGGGAACCAUUGUCACCCGAUGAUGGACAACUAUUGAAUUGUGCAUCUUCAUUGUCAUCAAUCAAAGAAGCAGUGACAAAUGAAAAUUCUGAUCGAACAAAAUUAUCAUUCGUAUUCUAUUGGAUGCCACCCAUUCAAUUUGUAGGCAAUAUUCAAUUUAUCGCUUCCAUCACGUCCAAUAGCGAUUCAAAUUUAACAUUAAUUGCACGUAGUGAGCCAAUAUUCGUUGAAUACAAUACGACAAGGGAACGUUUUAAUGUAGAUGCAACAUUUUGUGAUAGCAAUCCAUGUUUAAACGGAGGUACCUGUAAUAGGGACGGUCAAUUUUCCUAUUGCCAAUGUCCCACAACAUGGAAGGGUCCUUUCUGCAAUUUGCAAUAUUAUCAUUUAUUAUUAGCUACUAACAUACCAUUUACCACCGAUUAUUAUAUUUAUACAACCGAUUCAAUUAAGUACAAAAAUUUAGCAAAUGAUUUAUUUCCAUGGCUCAAUAACUCGUUGGCGUCACUUCCAUCACCCAAAAAUUUCUCAAUUAAUUUCUUAGCUCCAAGUCCAUUCGGUUCAUAUGUGUCGAUUAGUAUGUCUGUGCCAACAACAACAGUUAUUCCAACAUCAACAAUUUCUAAUCUAAUUCAAGCAGCUCAAUCAACGUUGACAUCAGGUGGCAACCUCAUCACUAUCAACGGCGUUAAUUUACCUGUGUCCAUAGAUUCAGCACCAAUUAACACAUGUGUUUUUCCAUUUGCCUAUCAAGGUGUUGAUUAUAACUUUUGCAUUCCUAUUCAAACAGCUAAUUCUAGUCUAACAUUUGUUUGUUCAAGAACAAGAGCCAUCGACAGAGGCGGCACACAAUUAGACAGUAUUGACUGUGGAAGAAAUCUAUAUAGUUGUAAUCCUCUAGUCAAUUCUCGGGCUGUUAGUUGUGUUAAUAAUGCUACGUGUACUGGAUCAACAUGUUCGUGUUCACCGGCAAAUGCUGGAACAGUUUGUGAAUUAUAUUCUGAUCAGAGUGGUUGUGUAUUUCCAUUUCAAUUUAUUGGUGUCACUUAUACAUCAUGUGCAGUUGUUAAUAAUUUGUCCGUAUGUUUGGCAAGAAAUUCUCGUACAGAUGGUCUACUUCCCGUUACAUUACUGUCAUGUGGAAUUUCUAAUCCAUGUACAAAUAAUCCAUGUGGUAGUCGUGGUACAUGUGUUGCGACAGCAAAUGGAUUUUUUCAAUGUUCUCCUUGUUUGGCUGACUAUACGAGCUAUUUUUGUGACUUACAAUUUCGUCCAAUUCAAUUGACGCUUAACACAACAUUUACUCCAGAUUUCUUGAAUGCUAGCAGUAAUGCAUCGAUACAGUUGAAUAAUUAUAUUAAUCAAACGUUAGGUACCGCAUUCAUCAAUAUUCCUGGUGGUGUAAGACCUGAAAUUACUUACAUUAGCCAAAAUCCCGAUGGCACAACGAAUGCUCUCAUUAAUUUAAAUACAAACUAUCUCAAUUUUCAAAAUAAUUUAACAACGGCUGCACUUCAGGGAAUCAAUUCUACUAUUCUACAAGUGUCAUACACUCCGCUGCUUGUAAAUGGGAGUUUACCUUGUGCACCAUGGUAUAUCUACCAAGGUCACAAUGUGAGUGGUUGUGUAUACAAUGCACUCUUUGUCCCUAUAUGUUCUUUGACCAAUAAUUAUGACCGGGAUAAUCAAGCAACGUCUUGCUUAGAACCCAUAAAUCAAGGCAUAUGUAAUACAGUUAUAUGUACAAUUGGUAUGUGCGUGGCAACGAGCAGAAAUUUUACUUAUUGUCGAUGCCCAGCAGGUCUCGCAGGAGCUCAAUGUAAUCAACUGAUACAGUGUAGCGAUGCUGAUUGUGUAAAUAAUGGAACAUGUAUCUCUACUGGACUGUAUUAUCAAUGUCAAUGUUUACCAGGGUAUGGUGGUAUCUAUUGUCAAUAUAAUAUUACUCGAUGUAUGUUCCCAUUCAAUGAUACCCAUGGUGUCUCUCAAAAUACAUGUGUAAUGUCUCCUGAUUACUUUGGUGGCACGGUUCCAUGGUGCCAGGAUCAAAAUAGAAUUAGACAAAAUUGUACCAUUGAUUAUUGUGCACAACAUCCAUGCAUCUAUGGAACAUGUCGACCGGAUACAGCAUGGGCUAACGGAAAUCCAUUUCCCUACUUUUCGUGCAAUUGUAGUGCAGGCUUUACAGGAAGAUUGUGUACGCAUGCAUAUUUUCAAUUAAAAGUUACUUAUUUGGUUCCGAACAUUUCAAAUAUAUCAUUGAAUGCUCUCGAAUCGCCAACAACUCAAACGUAUCAAAAUUUAUCAAAAGCUUUUACAGAUCUUAUUCAUCAGCGUACCAAUUCAACUUACAAUUUUCAACCAUUAGUUUAUUUUAUCAGACAGGGAACCACACCAUUUUAUGUGUUGACAGCUGAUGUUUCAGUUCCAGCUAAUAUAAGCAUAGCCGAUGUCGAUAAUACACUUAGCCCGAUUUUAAGUAAUUUACCUCCGUCAUUUAACGCUAUUCUAGCUCCUGGUGGUUUUGAUAUCGAUAAUAUUGAACCAUUUUUAGCUGCGCCAAAUUGUACAUUACCUUACUAUGUCAAUGGUGUCUCGUAUGCCGUAUGUCAAAUGGAUCCCGAACGAAAUGCUUUUUGUUCAUAUUCAAAAAAUUAUACAAAUGAUCAAAAAAAAGACUGUUAUGCAUCGACCGACGUUAUAUUACCAAAAACAGAACCGCUUGCAUGUCAAAUUCCUUAUGCGCCAUAUGAAAAUCCAUGUAAUGAUACAGAUGGAACUGUUGUUUGUAUUGCUGGUGAUACAGGCUGGACAUGCUAUUGUCGACUAACUGGAUUAAUUGGGAAAGAUUGUGCUUCUCAAUUCGUCCAAACUCAAUAUACUGUUUAUUUACAGAAUUUUACAAACUAUACCCUUUAUCAACCGGGUACACCUGGUUAUCAAACAGUUGUCAACAGUUUAAAUCAGACAAUAUUGAACAUUAGUAAUGGAACCGUCGUCCCCACGCGUAUUGUCAUUACUCCAACUGGCCAAGUUCAAAUCACUGUUCUUGGUGAAAAUGUUACUAUUCCACAGUUCGAAAUACCGUUUUAUACACAACUAAAUCGAAAUUUAACCGCUGGCCCAUUUUUAGUAACAUUUAAUGAGACGAAUCUAAUACCUAUAACAACCGUAUUUAAUUGUACUUUCCCAUUCACAUACAAUGGUGUUGUUUAUACAACAUGUAUAACAAAAGAUUACGGAUUUCCUUGGUGUAGUCGAACUGCUAAUUUUGAUCUUGAUAAACAACUAUUGCCAUGUCGUGAUGUUGAUUGGUGUGCAUCUGGUCCUUGUCUGCAUAACGGAACGUGUACAUCGAAUACGUUAUGGGGAGGAUAUAUGUGUAAAUGUCCUGAUGGAUACAGUGGAAUUACUUGUGCUUAUCAAUCUGUGUUAACAACAAUAACGCUUCCAGGAAAUUUUUCUCAAUAUUUAAAUAUUACUCCUGUACAAUUGGCAAACAUAACUGGGCCAAUUAUAAGUCAGAUUACACAAUUAUUCAAUAAUACACCAAAUGUAACGGUCAAUAUCGAGAAUAUCAGUCCAGGACCGAAUAAUACAAUUAUUUUUAAUAUAACAAUAACGGGUCCAAAUAUAUCAAAUGUAACGAUACCAACAACUCCAAUAAAAGGUGUCAAUGGAUGUGUAUUACCGUUUAUAUACCAGAAUAGAACGCAUUAUUCUUGCGUAACAAUAGGUGACGUUCGGCCAUGGUGUUGUACAACGCCAAAUUGUGAUAUUACAUUUCAAAAACAAUAUUGUAAUACAACAGGAUUAUGCGGUUUUUGUCAGAAUUCCGGAACAUGUAUUCAAAAUUCUCUAAAUAUACAAUUUUGUAGUUGUUCAUCGGGCUAUUCUGGUCUUCUUUGUGAAACACCUAUUGAUCUAUGCGCCGCUCGUAAUACAAGUUGUCUAAAUAACGGAACAUGUAUAAUAAACAAUACAAAUGCGUAUUGUAAUUGUACCGACCAAUUCAACGGUACAAGAUGUGAAAUAUAUAAGCCCUGUUUAUCAUCACCAUGCAUUAACAACGGUACAUGUAUGUAUGCUAACGGGUCAUUGAUGUGUGCAUGUCAAAAUUCAUGUUAUAAUGGACCUCUGUGUAAUAAUAUCGACUACUGUUGUUUGAAUGUUUGUGGUGCUCAUGGUGUAUGUUUAAAUUUUGGAAUCAAUUCUUAUCUCUGUGUUUGUCAAUCUGGUUAUGAUGGCCAAAACUGCACACACUUAAAUCCAUGUUCGAUAAAUCCAUGUACUAAUGGCGGAAAUUGUACAGCACUCACGAACGGUACUUACAAUUGUAGUUGUCCGGUGAACUAUUUUGGACAAAAUUGUACACAAACAAUCUGUGAUUCAGGACCAUGUCUCAAUGGCGGUGCCUGUGGACUACGUCAAAAUGGCAUUAAUGGUUUUAUAUGUUCAUGUCCACCCAUGUAUGCUGGUCAAUACUGUGAAAUCAUAAAUCCUUGUCUACUAUCAUCACCUUGCCAAAAUAAUGGUACUUGUGUUUUUUCCAACGGAUCAACGAGCUAUUGUAUCUGUCCACCAGGCUUCGACAAUCCCAACUGUUCUCAACCAAUAAAUCCGUGUGCUUCUUCACCAUGUCUACAUGGCAGUACCUGUAGUCCAUCACCAACGAACAAUUCAUUUGUUUGUAUGUGUCCUACGGGUUUCGCUGAUCCGUUAUGUGCCACGUUCGUUAACCCUUGUCUCAGUGGACCUUGUUUAAAUAACGGGACAUGCUAUGAACGAAUUGAUAAUGCCGCUCUUCUUUCAAGUAACACGCCGUUAAGUUAUUAUUGUGCCUGUAAUACAACAUUGUACACUGGAACUCAAUGUGAAAUACUACGACCAGCAUGUCCAGCUAAUCCAACCUUGAAUCCAUGUAGAAAUGGUGGAACGUGUCAACCGAAUGCCAAUGGGACAUAUAGUUGUUAUUGUAUACCAAAUUUAUUCACGGGGGUCAGCUGUGAAAUACCGUUAGAUCUUUGUGGUUCAAAUCCAUGUUUUCCAAACGGCCAAUGCUAUGUUAACGCACAGACAGGUGCUACAUGUGUUUGUAAUCAGUCUUAUACAGGAAUCUUAUGUCAAAAUCGAACAAACCCUUGUUUAUCAUUACCAUGUCUUAAUGGUGGUACUUGUAUAUCGUUGGCAAAUACAACUACUUUUACCUGUCAAUGUCCACCGAAUGUCACUGGUUUGUUCUGUGAUCAGCUCCCUAUACCCUGUUCAAAUAACACAUGUGGUAAUAACGGUACGUGUCUAAUGGGGGUAAACUUAACUACGAGUUUUUGUGCUUGUCCGCCACCAUACACCGGUCCACAAUGUCAACAAAUUCUUAAUCCAUGUCAAUCGCCAGUCUGUUUGCAUAAUGGAACAUGUUUGAAUGAAAUUUUCAGUAUCCGUUGUUUAUGUCUACCGCCAUGGACUGGAACAAUCUGUAAUACGUUUUUGAAUCCGUGUCAGUUAUAUCCAUGUCUCAAUGGUGGAAUGUGUGUAUUAGACGCAAAUUAUCAACCAAGAUGCAUCUGUCCAAUACAAACUAAUGGGACUUUCUGUCAAAAUGUGCUUGACCCGUGUUUAUCGACUCCAUGUUUGAAUAAUGGCUCAUGUCUGUCAACAUCUGCUCUUACAGCUUAUACGUGUACAUGUUCUCAAUUAUAUACAGGUCAACGAUGUGAAUCCAUUGCUAACCCAUGUAUUCCAAACCGUUGUAUUUUCGGCACUUGCUUUUCGCUCAUUAACGGUACAUUUUAUUGCUUAUGUAAUGCUAGUUAUACAGGACUGAUCUGUGAUCAUCCAAUUAGCGUUUGUGAUCACAAUCCAUGUGUUAACAAUGGAACGUGUACGGCAGCUGGCACUAGUUAUAACUGUACAUGCCUCCCCGGAUUUACUGGCACCUAUUGCGAUCAACAGAUCAAUUAUUGUAAUAGUCAACCGUGUAGAAAUGGUGGCACAUGCUAUCAAUUACAAAAUCAAUUUUUCUGUGCUUGUGAUGCAUCACAUACCGGUACAGUAUGUGACAUUACACUAUCACCGUGCUUGAGUAAUCCGUGUUUCAAUAAUGGAACAUGUGUACCAAUAAAUUCCAUGUAUCAAUGUUUGUGUGUGGCUCCAUACACAGGGAUUAACUGCCUUUCAACAACAAAUCCAUGCUCCGUUAUUACCUGCUUAAAUGGUGGUACAUGUGGAGUAGUCGAUCUGAAUAGUACACGAUGUUUAUGUUUACCCAGUUAUUCUGGUACUUAUUGUCAACAACCGCUUAACAUUUGUUCAAGCUCACCUUGUAGAAAUAACGGACAAUGCUUAGUAAAUCCGUCAACAAAUACGUUUAUUUGCAAUUGUUCAACAUCUUAUUCAGGUUUAUACUGUGAAAUAUACAAUCCUUGUGCGACUGUUGUGUGUCUUAACGGUGGUUCGUGUUUCAUCACGAAUGCAGUUAGUAAUAUUGGCGGUCGCUUUUGUUUAUGUACAUCUUCUUACACUGGCGCAGUAUGUGAAGUGCCAAUCAGUCCGUGCGUAAGCCAACCGUGUCUGAACAAUGGUCUAUGUCUUUCUGUUGGUACAAGUUACACGUGCGCAUGCAUCCCAUCAUACACCGGACUUAUGUGCGAGAUUUAUAUUGAUCCAUGUUUAACGUAUCUAUGCUCAAACGGUGGCACAUGCUAUAAAACCAUGGAUUCAACGGCUCGCUGCAACUGUCCUCCAUCAUUUACCGGACCACAGUGUUUAAGUAGUAUUGAUCCUUGCAGUAGUCCCGUGUGUCUUAACAAUGGCAUAUGUUUGUCAAAUGGGGGAAAUUACUCAUGUACGUGUUUACAAUCGUAUACGGGUUUGCAUUGUGAAAGCUUUGUUGGACCGUGUAAUUCGACGAUUUGUCAAAAUGGCGGAACAUGUAUUUUUAAUACAUUGAACAGUAUUAGCUGUUUAUGUCCACCGCCCUGGACUGGCACACUUUGUAAUCAGUUGAUUAAUCCUUGUUUUAUUAACCCUUGUAUGAACGGCGGUUUGUGUCUUACAACUCCCGGAUCCUCUAACAUCAGCUGUCAAUGUUUAGCUAAUUAUACCGGUGUUUAUUGUCAAACAUAUAUAUCACCCUGUCUUAAUUUUCGUUGUUUAAACGGUCAAUGUUUACAACGAGCGGAUGGCGCACCCGUGUGUUUAUGUAAUGCGAAUUGGACUGGUGUCGCCUGUGACAUAAUGAUCAACCCUUGUUCCCCCACACCUUGUCUCAAUAAUGGCAUUUGUCUCUCAUUUGGCUUCACCUAUAAUUGUGUUUGUACUAACGGAUACUCGGGUAUGAGAUGUGAAGUGCCGCCACAAUUAUGUUCAUCGUUAUUAUGUCAAAAUAAUGGUACUUGUGCGCUGAGACAAGAUGGAACACAAGUGUGUUUAUGUUCGACAGGUUUUACUGGAGAUCAAUGUACAGUGGUUGCAAAUCCGUGUCAGCCAAGAAAUCCUUGUUUGAAUAAUGGAUUAUGUAUAUCAUCUAGUGGUACAGCAGGCUUUAUGUGCAUUUGUCCACAAACUUAUACAGGUUUAUUAUGCGAGACGCCUGUAGCACCAUGUGGUAAUUUUAGCUGUUUAAAUGGUGGUACCUGUUAUAUAACUGGUUUAACGUCUAUCUGUCGAUGUCCAUCGGCGUUUAAUGGUAACCGAUGCGAGUUUUUUACUGAUGUCUGUUACAGUCAACCGUGUAUCAACGGAGCUACAUGUGCUGUGCGACAAACAUUUAAUCGAAAAAAACGUCAAAUACCAACAGACAUAAGUUAUUAUUGUAUUUGUCCACAAUUGUAUACGGGCACUCGUUGUGAACAAACAUUAUCUGUCUGCUUACCAUCACCUUGCGCGAAUAACGGCACUUGUUAUUAUGAUGUAUUAAAUAAUGUUAAAUGUUUGUGCACAGCAAACUUUGGUGGACAAUAUUGUAAUAUCACUAAUACGACAAUAAAUCCGUGUGUAAGCACGGUUAAUGUCUGUUUUAAUGGUGGUACAUGCAGACCAAACAGUUCAUCUUUACGUGGUUUUUCAUGCGCAUGCAGUCCUACAACAACCGGUGAUUUUUGCGAGCAACCAUUAGAUCAGUGUCAAGUAACGAUUCAACCAUGUUUAAAUAAUGGCACAUGUAUACCGUCCCAAUCUCAAGGAUACAUGUGUUUAUGUGCAGCGGGAUACAGCGGUGCUAAUUGUAACACGAGCAUCAAUGCAUGUAGCUCUCAACCAUGUUUUCGAAAUGGCACAUGUAUACCAUCCACAAAUCAAACGUAUCGAUGCAUUUGUCCAACGAAUUAUUUUGGUGAUCGAUGUGAAAUAUGUAACUGUGCGUGUUCAGUAUAUCCAUGUGUCAACGGUGGAGUAUGUCGGUCAACGAUCAGUGGUGGCGUCGUUUGUGCAUGCCAACAGGGUUAUACUGGAGUUCGAUGUGAAAUAUCAUUGCUUCCAUGUGACUCAAAUCCGUGCUUGAAUGGUGGUGUAUGUUUAUAUGAUCGAUCAACGCUCACAAUGACAUGUCAAUGUUGUGGGCUGGCAACGGGAAAAUUUUGUGAAAGUCUAAUGAACCCAUGUAAUACAUCCACUCCAUAUUGUUUCAAUGGAGCAACAUGUGGACUCGAUAUGAAUAAUAAUCCAAUGUGUAUUUGUGCAAAAGGUUAUACAGGUCGGUAUUGUGAAACAUAUUAUAAUCCAUGUGCUGUUAUUAAUUGUAAUUCUGGCACAUGUCUAAUUCUGAGCGCAAAUAAUUUUACUUGUCAAUGUCCAUUGGGUAGAACUGGUCAAUCUUGUGAAAUCAUUAAUCCGUGUACAACUUUAACCUGUCGCAAUGGUGGGACAUGUUUGCGUAUAACGAGUCAAACAUUUAUAUGUGCAUGUUUACCUGGGUAUUCUGGUCUUCAAUGUGAAGUUAUCAAUCCUUGUUCUUCUAUGCCUUGUUCCUCGCUAUCAACAUGUGUAGUGUCGGCGAACAGCACCUAUUAUUGUGUGGCACCAUCAUUCUGUUCCUCAAAUCCCUGUCAAAAUAAUGGCACAUGCAUUACAAAUAGCUGUAAUUGUACAAAUCUUUAUGAAGGACAAACUUGCAAUAUCACCAAACCACGAUGUCCAACCAAUGCUCGUCCUACAUUAGUUUGUUCCAACGGUGGUUCAUGCGUUCAGGGUUUCGGAUGUGCUUGUCAAGCGGGUUUUGGUGGUGAUGGAUGUGAAACUCUCAUUUAUAAUUCAUGUACACCUACAAGUUGUUUGAAUGGUGGUAACUGUACAGAAACUGUUUAUGGUAAUCUAUCAUGUGUUUGUCCAAUGGGCUUAACGGGUGCUCAUUGUGAAACAAUUAAUUGGUGUUUACCAAAUCCGUGUCAGAAUAAUGGAACAUGUCUGAUGAGUACAAAUGGAUAUAUAUGUCAAUGUCUACCGAAUUUUACAGGAAAUAAUUGUGAAACGGCUAAUUUGUGUGCAAUUCAAAAUCCGUGUAAUAGCGGAACAUGUACUCUUAUCUCAUCAACAUCAAUAUUGUGUACAUGUCCAACAACAUUCUACGGAGAUCGAUGUCAAUAUUUAAAUCCGUGUCGAAAUCCCAUAUGUCAAAAUGGAAUUUGUCAGAUCGGUUAUUCGAAUCAAUCGGCGUCUUGUGCAUGUUACAGCGGAUGGACAGGUCAAUAUUGUGAUAUGCCGUUAGCUUGUAGCAGUAAUCCAUGUAUUCAGGGUAUAUGCGUCAUGUCGGGUACUAACGGAUAUACUUGUAAUUGUUUAUCCGGCUACUAUGGUUUACGAUGUGAACUCACAUUGGCGCCUACUCAAAAUCCUUGUAAUAGCAUACCAUGCCGCAAUAAUGGUUCUUGUCAACAAACGCCGACCGGCUCAGCAUAUCAAUGUACGUGUUUAUCAAAUUUCAUAGGUACAAACUGCGAAAAUUUGAACCCUUGUAGUAGUCUAUUACAGCCAAAUCAAUCGUGUCAACCAUACAUUACCAUGUCCGGUACUUACAGUUGCACCUGUCCCAAUAAUGCUUGUUUAAGUAGUCCUUGUUAUUACGGAACAUGUAUAUUAGUUUAUUCACAAACAACCGGUUUCUCUACGGGUUAUCGGUGUAUAUGUAAUCAAAAUUAUAUUGGUGACAGAUGUCAAUUUCCCGAUCCAUGCUCUUCUCAAAUGUGUUACAAUGGUGGCUCGUGUACAUCAAUGGUGGUAAAUAAUCAAGUGCAACAACAAUGUGUCUGUCCGGCAUCACAACAAUUUGUUGGCACACUUUGUGAGCACUAUAAUCCAUGCAUUUCAUCACCAUGUUUAAAUGGUGCAACCUGUACCUACUACAUUCAUGUCUUGUGCUACUACACUUGUGCAUGUCCUUCUGGUUACACCGGUCAGCGUUGUCAAUUUUCUCAAGCACAAAUACCUUGUUCAUCAGUAAAUAUCUUUAAUGUUUGUCGUAAUAAUGGCACAUGUAUAGUUGUCAACUCAGCAACACAAUGUUUUUGUACACAACAGUGGGCUGGUACUCUGUGUCAAAGUCCAAUUGAUUUAUGUUCACUGCAUGUUUGUCAGAAUAAUGGUACAUGCGUUUCGAAUGGGACAAAUGCCAUUUGUCAAUGUUCAUCAUUGUAUCAAGGAGUAUACUGUGAAUAUUCCAAUGAUCCAUGCUCUGCUCAAUCUUGUUACAACGGUGGGACAUGUAUACGUUCUGGCGUAGCGUUUUCAUGUAACUGUGGUUCGUUAUAUACGGGUGUUCGUUGUCAAACACUGAUUAAUUCAGCUUGUAAUAGUAAUCCAUGUUUAAAUUAUGGAACAUGUGUUAACGUAGGUGUAUCGUAUGUUUGUGCUUGUUUGAGUACCUAUAUCGGUCAACGAUGUGAACAACGAGUGGGAGCAUGUAAUAAUAUCGUAUGUUUAAAUGGUGGAAUAUGCCAAGAUUAUGGAACAUAUACGGUGUGUAAUUGUUUAACACAAUACAAUGGUGAUCGAUGUCAAUAUUUGAACAGAUGCUAUCAGCAAAAUCCAUGUCAAUUUGGAGGAACUUGUCUAUCAGUACAAAAUAUUUUAUCGUGUCAGUGUCCUCUCAAUAGAACAGGCAUAACAUGUUCAUCACAAGCUGAUAAUCCAUGUGCUGCAAAUCAAUGUUUAAAUGGAGGUAGUUGUAUGACAAUAUCAGGCACGGCACAAGCUGUUUGUACUUGUUUACCACAGUUUACGGGAACCAUAUGUGAAACGAACUUAUGUCCUGCACCAUGGAAUUAUGUGUCGGAUAUAUGCUAUUAUGCGGAGACCGCUACAUUCAAAACAUGGUUAGAAGUAAAACAAAUUUGCGCUAAUCUAGGUGGUCAAUUAAUGUAUUAUUUCACUGCUUUGGAACAUGCAACGGUGCAAAAUAUAGUAAAUUCUUUACAUAACAAUGGAAGUUCAUACUGGAUUGGUCUUACCAGUGUUAUUGAAGGACAAUUUAUUUGGGACAUCUUUCAAAUAUCUCCGAUUUAUACCGCAUGGAAACCAGAUUCUCCAAGUUCUGGCGGCUGUGUUCAGUUAAUUAGAACGACAAGUGAUAACUGGAUGUGGAAUGCUCGAUCAUGUAACGAUUUAUCUGGUGUAUUGUGUAGAAAAAAUAUGAAUUCAUCAAUGUUUAACAUGACGACAACAACUGCACUACAAUCGUCAACUCUGUUACCAUCCACUGCCACAAUCAAAAUUAAUCAAAAUACUACAUCAGCUCCAUAUUCAUGUAAUGAUAUUUCUAUUUCUUGUGCAGUAUGGAAUUAUGGUCCAUACUGUCAGAAACAAUAUGUAUUUGGAGAUACACCAGUGAGAGUACUAUGUCCAGCGACAUGCGGUAGUUGUUGUGAAAACUUUUAUACAGAUGGACAAUGUUCGCCAAGUAAUUGUACAGCUAAUCCGUCAUUGGUUAAAUAUUGUAGACGAUCGUGUAUUUGUUUCCUGUAA